AUGUCGGUGAUCGAAUUCCUGAAAGACCUCCCGUCCUAUGACGAGCACAAUUUUACGCUAUUUAAUACAGACCAUGGAAUCAGAAAUUGUUCUAAAAGGCCAUCAAUAUAUUUACCAACUAAGGAGAUACCGUCUGAACAAAUUAUUGUAACAGAGAAAACAAAUAUACUAUUAAGAUAUUUACAUCAACAAUGGGAGAAGAAGAAUAACAAUUCACCUAAAAAACGCGAUCAGAGUCACAUUGAACAAAAUGGCGAUGACAGCAGAUCUCGCAAAAGGCAAUGUCUCAAUUCACCUCUCAACUGA